AUGUCAGGGAUCUUGGGAAAGAUGAGGAAACUCGGCAGUUCAGACCUGGAGGAGUCGGAAACGACAGACGAUCACACAGACGGUGAGGAUUCGGUCAAUGGCACCAACUGCAACGGGACUAGGAUGACCAAGCAGAGCAUCUUUGCCCGGCGGGCACGCUUUGGGAUCGGGGACUUUGAGAAGGAUGUGGCCCCCAUGGACUCCUUCUAUCAAAUGGAGCAGCUGAAAUGCAAUCCUAUCCUCAAAUUUAGCCUUUCCUUGGAAAGGGGGCGGUGCCACAAUCACGGCCACACGUUUCUGGACACUAAUUCUCUCGAUGGGCAUGCCAAGAAGUCUGUCAAGCUCUACGACCGCAGGAGACUCUUUGAUGCAGUGGCCAAUGGGGAUCUGAGCGAGCUGGACGGCCUCCUGACGUAUCUUCUGAAAACAUCAAAGCAACUCACAGAUGAUGAGUUCAAAGAGCCAGAAACUGGGAAAACAUGUCUGUUGAAAGCCAUGUUGAAUCUGCACGGAGCUAAGAAUGACACCAUUCCUGUGUUACUGGAGAUAGCAGAGAAAACUGAAAACCUGAAGGAGUUUGUGAAUUCUGAGUACAAGGACAGCUACUACAAAGGUCAAACUGCCCUCCACAUCGCCAUUGAGAGACGAAACAUCCAUUUGGUGAAGCUGCUGGUCAAGAACGGGGCUGACGUCCAUGCCAAAGCCCAUGGGGAGUUCUUCAAGAAGAUCAAAGGGAGGCCAGGAUUUUAUUUUGGCGAACUUCCGCUCUCCUUGGCAGCCUGCACCAACCAACUCAACAUAGUCAGAUACCUUCUGGAGAAUCCCUACCAUCCGGCUGAUAUCGGCAUGCAGGAUUCCAUGGGGAAUACAGUUCUGCACGCUCUGGUGGAGGUUGCCGAUGACACAGAAGACAACACCAAGUUUGUUACUAAGAUGUACAAUGACAUCCUCAUCCUGGGAGCCAAGAUGAACCCCACCCUCAAGUUGGAAGAGAUCACCAACCGACGAGGACUGGCCCCACUGAGCCUUGCAGCAAAGAAUGGGAAGAUCCGGAUCUUUGCCUACAUUCUUAGGCGAGAGAUCAAAGAGCCGGAGUGCCGGCACCUGUCACGGAAGUUCACCGAAUGGGCAUAUGGGCCGGUCCAUUCCUCUCUCUACGACCUUUCUGGCGUCGAGACUUAUGAGAGGAAUUCGGUGCUGGAGAUCAUUGCUUACAGCAGCGAGACACCGAACCGUCAUGAGAUGCUGCUUGUGGAGCCUCUGAACCAGCUCCUGCAGGACAAGUGGGACCGCUUCGUGAAGCACCUUUUCUACUUCAAUUUUUUUAUCUACGCCACCCACGUCAUCAUUCUCACAGUCGCUGCUUACUACAGACCGACGAGAAAAGGCGAGAAGCCGCCCUUUGCCUUUAAUCACACAACCGGCGAAUAUCUCCGAAGCACUGGAGAGAUCCUAAGCAUUUUAGGAGGCGCCUAUUUCUUUUUCAGAGGGGUCAAGUAUUUCCACCAGAGACGCCCGUCACUGAGGGCCCUCAUCACCGACAGCCACAGCGAAGUCCUCUUCUUCUCCCACUCCAUUCUCCUCCUGGGCGCGGCCUUGCUGUACUUCCUGGGCCAGGAGCUUUACGUGGCCUUCAUGGUCUUUGCCUUGGCGAUGGGUUGGACCAACCUGCUCUACUACACCCGCGGCUUUCAGCAGAUGGGCAUCUACUCGGUCAUGUUUGAGAAGAUGAUGAUGAGAGAUCUCCUCCGUUUCAUUGUGGUCUACUUUCUGUUCCACCUGGGGUUUUCAACAGCUGUGGUGACCCUCAUAGAGGACGGCGAAGAGGGGCAGGAACCAAUCCAGAGCCACUGUGUCUAUCCGUGCCAGGCCAAGCGCCCCCGCACCUCCACGGCAUACAACAACCUGUUUUACACCAGCUUGGAGCUCUUCAAGUUCACCAUCGGGAUGGGUGACUUGGAGUUUACGGAGAACUACCGCUUCAAGUCCGUCUUCAUCCUCCUGCUGGUGAUCUACGUCAUCCUCACCUACAUCCUCCUGCUGAACAUGCUCAUUGCCCUGAUGGGAGAAACCGUCAACAAGGUCUCCCAGGAGAGCAAAAGCAUCUGGAAGCUCCAGCGAGCCAUCACCAUCUUGAACAUUGAAAACAGCUACUGGAACUGCAUUGUCAAUCCCUUCCGGUCCGGGAAGCGAGUUUUGGUGGGGGUUACCCCUGACGGCAAGGAUGAUUACAGGUGGUGCUUCAGGGUGGACGAGGUGAAUUGGUCCACGUGGAACACCAACCUGGGCAUCAACGAAGACCCCGGCGGAUACAGUGAGGAGCUGAAACGCAACCUCAGCUUUACUUUCAAGUACGGCAGAGUUUCAGGGAAAAACUGGAAGACUUUGGUGCCGAUGCUAAGGGAUGGCAAACGAGAAGGCUCCCUCAAACCCAUUUCAGAAGAUGAUUUGGAUUCAGAAGACCAAAGAGCCCGGAAGAAAUCUCUCCCAAACAGGAGAGGGCCGGGCACGGGGCAGGACGCACGGUUGGCCCGCCCCUUGCCCCCCCCGACUUCGCUGAGGCUUCCCAAGCCUCAGCAAGGUCGGGAAGGCAGCAGGCGCAUUCAGAGCCAGGCUCUGAGUACACUCGCUGCCACGCCCCCCCCAACUUCACCGAGGCUCAGGAAACCUCAGCGAGGUUGGGAUGGCAGUGGGCGCAGCGUGUGA